UAUGUAUGACCAACUGCCCCACCCUGAUAGUGACGGUGGGCCUCCCAGCCAGAGGGAAGACCUACAUCUCCAAGAAGCUCACCCGCUAUCUCAACUGGAUCGGCGUUCCCACCAGAGGUACCAACUCUCAGCCCUUAUACCUGAAAUUACAUUUCGGCUAUCCACUCACACACACUGAAACUCGCAAGAAUGCCCCCGAACAGUCAGUAAUAGUAUAUAGAAAAGUAAAGCAUGCAACUCUUUCUUUCCCCCAUUUAGAGUUCAAUGUUGGACAGUACCGGCGUGAGUGUGUGAAGAUCUACAAGUCCUUUGAGUUCUUCCGCCCAGACAACGAGGAGGGCCUGAAGAUCAGACAGUAAGAAACAUUUACAGUGCUUUGAUCCUCUGCUGUGAACAAGUGAAAACACUGAGCAGAUCCACUUGACCUUGAAUCCCCCAAAUUGCCUAUCAAUAUCAUGAUAUUAUAUGAUAUUACUACCUGUUUUUAACCAGUGUCUGUGUUUAAGCAAACUACAUUUCUUUGUCUCUACUAACCCACCAGUUGCUCUUGUAGUCUUGUCAUUGCUGCCUCUGACUCAGUUUUCCCACUGUCCCUUGCAGGCAGUGUGCAUCAGCAGCACUGAAUGAUGUCAGACAGUACCUCGCUGACGAAGGAGGCCAAGUU